UAGAAAGUCAGCCCGGUUUCCAGCUGAGAGCUUGCUCUCUCAUAGAGUGUGUGUGUCUCCCAGUGUGUGUAUAUGUGAGUGAGUGUGUGUGUGUGUUGUCAUUAUUAUCCACUGUGCUCCUGCAGCUCAGAAUGGCCAGAUUCACUCAGACUGAAACAAGAAGGCAGCAGCAUCAUCCUCAGCAGCCCCAGUCCGCUUACUCCAGCCUGGUUUUCACCGGACCGGGAGAACCACCGACCCAACAACCACUACUAUUUAUCCCACACCAGCACCAGUACCCUCAGUUCACAUUCCCGAAACCCAUGAACGGGUCAGAACCCAUAUCAAUUCAUCCGGAGAGCGGCAACAUGAAAGACCAAGAUGCCAUUAAGCUGUUUAUCGGGCAGAUACCGCGGAACUUGGAGGAGAAAGACCUCAAACCUCUGUUUGAACAGUUUGGGAAAAUCCACGAACUGACAGUUCUCAAGGACCGAUACACCGGCAUGCACAAAGGUUGCGCAUUCCUCACCUAUUGCGCCCGGGAGUCGGCCAUCAAAGCCCAGAAUGCCCUCCAUGAACAGAAAACACUGCCAGGGAUGACUCGGCCCAUCCAGGUGAAACCGGCUGACAGCGAGAGCCGUGGAGAAGACAGGAAGUUGUUUGUCGGGAUGCUGAACAAACAACAGACUGAGGAGGAUGUUUACCGCCUUUUUGAACCCUAUGGAGUCAUCGAGGAGUGUACGGUCCUAAGAGGCCCUGAUGGAAAUAGCAAAGGUUGCGCCUUCGUCAAGUUCUCCACACACACUGAGGCUCAGUCUGCAAUCAGUGCCCUCCACGGCAGCCAGACCAUGCCAGGCGCUUCCUCCAGCUUGGUGGUCAAGUUUGCCGACACAGACAAGGAGCGCACCAUCAGACGUAUGCAGCAAAUGGUCGGGCAGUUUGGCAUCUUCAACCCAGCUAUCGCCCUUCCUUUCAGCACCUACAGCUCUUACGCACAUGCGCUCAUGCAGCAGCAGGCAGCCAUCAUGGCAGCAAGUCACGGAGGUUACCUCACACCGAGCGUGGCGUUCCCUGCCACGCAGAUCCACCAGAUGGGGGCGCUCAACAUCAACAGCCUCCCACCCACUCCCAUGACCCCGGUGUCGGGUGAGUUUCAUCAUACCCUUGGCCUCAGUUCUCCACCAGCCUCCGGCGUGCCCAGCAUUGUCACACCCAUUGUCAACGGAUUCACUGGCAUCCCUCAUCAGCCCAACGGACAUCCUGCCGUGGAGACCGUGUACACCAAUGGCCUGCCACCCUACUCCACCCAGAGCCCCAGCGCCGCUGACACUCUCCAGCAAGCCUUCACUGGAGUACAGCAAUACACAGCGAUCUACCCAGCCACCACACUGACUCCCAUUGGCCAGACGCUGCCCCAACCACCCCAGGUCAUCCAGCAACAGCAGCAGAGAGAAGGUGAGGGUCCAGAGGGCUGUAACCUGUUCAUCUACCACCUGCCACAGGAGUUUGGAGACAAUGAACUCAUGCAGAUGUUUUUGCCCUUUGGCACCGUCAUCUCCUCUAAGGUCUUCAUGGACCGGGCGACCAACCAGAGCAAGUGUUUCGGCUUCGUGAGCUUCGACAACCCUGCUAGUGCACAGGCAGCUAUUCAAGCCAUGAAUGGCUUUCAGAUUGGGAUGAAGAGGUUGAAAGUGCAGCUAAAGAGACCGAAGGAUGCCAGCCGCCCUUACUGACACAGCCUACCUUCAGUAUUCAUUGAAGCAGCACAGGUUUUAGAGGACACGUGAAGAUGUCUCUGAGGAGUUAAACUUUUUUUUCUUUGAAAGCAACAUAUGUUUUAAAAAAAAAAAAUCAACACAUAAGGAAUUUUUGAAGACAUAUCAGCAUUUACUUAUGAAGAUAUAGAUUACGUAAGAAGAAGAAGAUGCGAAGGAGGAGGAGGAGGAGGAGGAGGAGACGCUUCACCCAGGGACUCAACAGUAACAGAUGGCACAGUGCAAGGAAGACAAAAAGAAAAAAAACAAAUGAAAAAGAUGUAAUGACACUGAACAACAGAACUUUUUUUCUUGUUGAGACUUGAAUUGUUAAUUAAGCAACAAACUAACAAACAAAAAAGCAGCAACAACAAAUAGAUUUCUAUAUACAUAUUAUAUACACAUAUAUAUAAGGAAAGAGGCGCUUGUGGCUUUUACUGUACUGGACAAAUGAGGGUUAAAACUUGAAGAUCAAGAAAAACAGUGGAAAGAAGAAGCUAUUCUGCACAUCCACUGACAGACUUUAUUUCUCUGUCCCUCUUUCUCUUAUUCUCUCAUCGUCUCUCUCAGCAAAAGCAGAACUAUGACUCUUGGAGGUCGCCGAGGUUUCCAUUAGCAACAGUAGAACUGCAAAUCUUUCACCCCUAAGGGACCAAAGGACCAAACAUUUUUAUUGUUCUGAACAGUAAUAUAUAGUAUUAAUGAUACUAAUACUACAAACUACUACUAAUAAUAUUAAAAACUUAACUUAAGAAGAAAUAUAGCUUCAGGUUGAAAAAAAAAAAAAGACGAAAUGGGGAAUCGGUUUCUUUUUCCUUUUACAUUUAAAGCUACUGGGUUUGAGAAUAUUAAAUCAAAAUAUUAAAAAAAAACAUAAAAAAUAAAGCUAUACUAUUUUAGUGGCGUAGAAUAUGUGGGUUAGAAAUUGUUGCGGCAUGUUCAGAUAUGUUCUUUUUGCCACUCAUCGUUCCAUCUGCAUCACAGUAUUUCAUCUCGGACGUUUGAUCUGUCGCCGUUGUCGUGCUGGAAGACGGACGGGAAAGAAAGAGUUGCGUUGUCGUGCCAAAUGUGACGCAAUACAGCAUCGCAGUGUAAACAGUGUCACAGCGUGCUAUGCUGUCUCCUCUGCUCCCCUCUGCACGCUGCAAUCCCAUAAUUGAAACAAGAGUCAUUCCGUGUCAUGAUUAAAAUCUUGAUAUCACAGAUAAUCUGACCAUAAACCACUGUGGUAAAAGUGCCACCCGGCUGAGCUGAAUACGCAGCAGUAAAACAGCACAGCAUCUGUAACUGCUUAAUAAAAUAUACAAAUGAGUCUGACAGCAAGUUGUUAAAAUUUCCAUCGGCGUGUCACAGUGGUCGCUGCCAGGUCGUGCCCUCUCCUGCUGCCAAGCUUCUCCAGCUGCUCUCAGCAGGCUCCCCUCCUCUUUCUCCUCCUCCUCCUCCUCCUCCUCCUCCUCUCCCUCCCCUCAUCCCCAAGUGCCAACAUAUCUCCCUUAAUAGGGACCAUCAGUUCACGGGGGCCUCAGAGCUAACCCACAGCAUAAUUAGGAUAAUGAUAAUAUUGAUCAGAUGGGGUGCAGCACCGCAGGGCAAGAGAUGCACAAUCAAUUACACAUUGGCAUUUUGAAUGAAUUGACUGAGUGACAGAGUUCAUUCUUCUCUCUCACUCUCUCUCAUUCUCACUAGCUCCUAUACUCUCAGCGGGGGCAUUCAUUUGCACCCCGUGUGACAGGGUGAAGACGCUUAACGCUGCAGUGUGUAACUUUUAAAUAUUAACGAGUUUCGCGUAGAUUCGAACCAGUAGCAAGAGGAGUUCACACAAUGCUGAUUAAGCCUAUGAGCUCCACAUCACUCUAUAUUUAUCAGUGCCACGGCGGUUGGAUCUUGUGUUGCCUGGCAACAUUCCCGCGCUGCACACAGGAAAUGGUUUGUUUUGACGUGAAGCGAGAAGGAGGCAACGGCGACAUUACAAAAGUGAAUUCUCCUCCUAAAAAUCCUGGUUAUUCGGCAGUUUGAUGGGAUAAACUCCCCCGCUCUGCAGGUGUAUACACACAAAUGCUCCCUCAGUCAGGUCUGAUAGUAUUGCUUGACAGAGGCAUUUAAGGUUUCGCACUGCAGCUUUAAAUCUAUAUCAUUAUCACAAUUAAAGUGAAAUGUUGAGAGUUGAACCAGGCUGAGAACAGAAUCUGUCUGCAUUGUUUACAGUAGAUGGUACAAGUUCUUCCGCGAAGAGCAGCUGUUUUCUUUUUUUCUCUCUCCUAAAGGUUGUAAUAGCACAGUAAGAGCUUGUACAUGGUGAGGAACAGCCUGGCAUUACCCGCCUUAGGAGGUCAAAUUAAGAGCAAAAUGAUCCAUCAAUUAGACAGCUGCAGGGCUGUAAGUGUAGCCGCUACAGCUGCUGCUGCUUCAACAAGACGACAGCUUACCAUUAGCGCCGAUCACACGUGGCUCCUAUACAGCGCGGUCACGACCCAUCGCACCGUAUCAGACAUGAUUAAUUAACUAAACCUGUGUCACAUUGAAGCGACGCUGUCACGAGGAGACACAAGACGUCCGAGAUGAAAUCUGUUGUUUUUUUUAUCAGGUUGUUGAAUUGCCCGAUUGGCCUUUUUCAUUUCAAUCCACACUUGAGUUCACGUUCACUCUUUUCCUUUGAAAAGAUGUUUUCCAUCCACAUUGUUCAUCAUGCAGUCCGUUUGCUCUGUGAAGCAGCUUGUCCCUCAGGACUCAUCAUCGCCCCCCCAAACUUGAGUUGCAUCAGUGCUUCAGUCGUCUAAUCACAGCGCUGUCUCUGUGUCCCCCGUCCACACAAAGUUGAGUUUCCAGGACACGUGGCUGCAGAUGUGAUCACACAAUGACUGUGCAGGUCCCGAUGAUGUGUCCCCUCAUUUAUUUCCAGCGUGACACGGACAUGGGUAUAAAUACAGAGGGUAGGUUUCACCCACGUAUAUUGAAAUGUUGUGAGAAGAAAGUUCGUGGAAAUGCCUUUUGUCAUUAUGAAUUGCCAAAUUAUGCAAGCAUAUCCACUGAUUAUCAGACCUUAUAUGUGUGCCAGAUUCCUUGAAACUCUAAGAUAACUUACUCAUGGGUUCAUUUUCAGGAAACGUCCUUUAGCUGAAUGAAAUAUUUGAGUUUGGGGAUGUAUUACAAAGGUGUAGGGAGGGGGUCGUUUGAGGUAUAAUAACAAUAAUAAUAAUAAUGAUAAUGAUAGGUUUAUUGAGUGAAAAGGGGAGAUUUCACAGUGAGUUACAUUCACUCUCUGCUGCUUUAGAAAACUGUGAUACAUUCACUUACCAACCCACCUCAAAUAUUUCUUAUGGGAUUUCUAGUGGAGAUUUUUCUUUUUUUUUUUUUAAUUAUUAACAGCAAAUUAAAUUUGGCCUUCACAACAGCUUGGGUAAUGCAAAUUAAAGAUGUCAGCUGUGGUCGAAAUCUAAUGAGUUUGAAAAGAUGUCGAAUUAAUUUCAAUCUGCCAAGAAAAAAAAAAAAUAGCAAAGUUCCGUGGACGGAAACAGUUUCCGACCUGAUUGAGUUUGCAGCUGAGUGUGUUUCAAGGAGCAGCUCAUACAUAACACACUGUACAUACUGUAUCUGCUGCAGGACGACAACAAACUAAUGAAAUUGUUGAAUUAGAGUUAGAUUCUUUUUGUAUUCCAACAACUAAAGAAAAAGGAAGGAAUUCAUCAAGACAUUGUUUUCACUUUUGCUUCCAUUUUUAUUUAUUUUUUUAUUUAAUUGUCGUCAUCCUACCACGGUGCCCUUUCAGUCUCUGAGCAUGCUCAAUGGGGGGUUAAAGAUUAUGACUAUGGUACUACUUGUAUUAACGAUAUGGUUCUGUAUAUGGUUUGAAUGCUAAGGACGGUAGCUUAUUAUAAAUAUGAAAUCUGUAUAUUAUGGAAAAUCAGCACAGGACCUUUCUUUGGGUUAAUAUGGGGAAGAUUUUGAA